UGUAUCUCAUACGCGCUCCUUUCAUUCCCUCGCUUCCUACAAAACAGGCCCGCCCUUUUCACAUCACAUUCAUUUAUUUUUAAAUCGCUUUAACGCCCACCGCCGUGGAUCGUCGUUCCCGGUGCUCACUACGGUCUUCUUCUCAAAUCAUACUCUCGACGAGGGUUUCACGGACGGAUUCUCCUAUGAUUACCAACUAAAAUCCGCCUAAAUUUCAAAAUUAGGAUUAGGGUUAGGUUUUUGUCUGCAAUAGCAUAAUGGGCAGUAAGGUUACGGACGAACUCCUCUCCACCGUCCGAUCCGUCGUGGGUUCUGAUUACUCUGACAUGGACAUCAUCAGAGCACUACACAUGGCAAAGGGCGACGCCACUGCCGCAAUCAACAUCAUGUUCGACACCCCCAGUUUCAGGAAACCCAAGACAACGCGCAAACCCCCCGAUAUCUCCUCUCGUGAUUCGAGUUCUGAUAAACUAGUGGCUAAGAAAGAUCACGAGAAUUCUUUGAGUGAUAUCAAGGAAGUUGAUUCACGUGAAACUGGUGCAGGAGAUGUUGGUGGUGCUGUUGUUGAAGACGCGAGGGUUAUUACUAAUGAUUCGAUUGGGAGCCAGUGGUGGCUUGUGGGUACUGGUGAAGUGAGUGGGUUGUCAACGUGCAAAGGGAGGGCUCUCAAGGCUGGUGAUGAAUUCGCUUUCACUUUUCCGGCCAAGAGUGGUGCUAGUUCGCCGUCACCAGGGAAGGCUUUCGGAAGAGGGCGGCAAGUUGCAGGCUGUUCAGAGAUUGUCAGGUUUUCUACAAAGGACAGUGGAGAGAUUGGUCGAAUACCAAAUGAAUGGGCUCGGUGUCUUUUGCCACUUGUGAGGGAUAAGAAAGUUAGAAUACAAGGAUUUUGUAAGUCUGCUCCAAAUCUUUUAGGCAUAAUGGACCCAAUUCACUUGUCGAUAAGUGUAUACAUCAAUAGUUCUAUGUUCCGCAAGCUUCAUCGGACGACACUUAAGGCUACCAGCAAUUCCACUGAGCAAUCAGUAGUUCAUCCUCUUCCAAACUUGUUUCGCUUGCUUGGUCUGACCCCCUUCAAGAAGGCAGAACUCACUCCUGGUGAUUUGUACCAGAAGAAGCGGCCUUUCAACUCAGAGGGUGCACCUGGUCUGCCUGCAUCACUGUUGCCUGCUAACAAAUCGAAGAAUCAGUCUCAAAGCGAAAACGAUUUUGAACCUGAGGAGUCCAUUUCAGAUGCUGAUCUCAACACUAUUGUUGGUGUUGGAGACCACUCCCUAUUAGAGGAAAUGGAUCCCCCUGGGACCCUUCAGUGUGAACUUCGCCCUUAUCAGAAACAGGCGCUUCAUUGGAUGAUCCAGCUGGAGAAGGGACAGUGCUUAGAUGAGGCAGCAACAACCCUUCACCCUUGCUGGGAGGGUUAUCACCUGGCAGAUAAGAGGGACCUUGUUGUCUAUUUGAAUGCAUUUUCAGGCGAAGCCACAAUAGAAUUUCCAAGCACACUUCAAAUGGCCAGAGGAGGAAUUCUGGCAGAUGCAAUGGGGCUUGGCAAGACCAUUAUGACUUUAGCCCUUCUUCUUGCUCAUUCAGAAAGAGGCGGAUCACUAGGUAGUCGAUCAAAUAGCCAAUCUUCUGGUGAAGGUAUUGAAGUUGAUGAUAUUGAAAGUGAAUUUCCGGACCCUUCAAGGAAGGCAACAAAGUUUUCAGGCUUUGAUAAGAUGAUGAAGCAGAAGAACAAGCUCAUAACUGGUGGAAAUCUUAUUGUGUGUCCUAUGACUCUUCUUAACCAGUGGAAGGCAGAGAUUGAAACUCAUGCCCAACCUGGAGCUCUCUCACUAUAUAUUCACUAUGGACAAAGUAGACUGAAGGAUGCCAAAAUUCUGGCUCAGAGUGAUGUUGUGAUUACAACUUAUGGGGUUUUAGCUUCAGAAUUUUCUGCAGAGAAUUCUGAAGAAAACGGGGGACUUCUCUCAGUUCGGUGGUUUAGAGUGGUUCUUGAUGAGGCACAUACCAUAAAAUCCUCUAAAAGCCAAAUUUCCAUGGCUGCUACUGCACUAGUUGCUGAUCGCCGUUGGUGUCUGACCGGCACUCCUAUACAGAACAACCUGGAGGAUAUUUACAGUCUUCUUCGAUUUUUGAAGGUGGAACCUUGGGGGAAUUGGGCCUGGUGGAAUAAACUUAUCCAAAAGCCAUUUGAGGAGGGGGAUGAAAGAGGGCUGAAAUUGGUUCAAUCCAUUUUGAAGCCUAUUAUGUUAAGGAGAACAAAAUUUAGCACAGAUCGCGAGGGCAGGCCAAUUUUAGUUUUACCCCCUGCUCAUAGUGAGGUGAUUUACUGUGAACUCACAGAUGCUGAAAAAGACUUCUAUGAGGCCUUAUUUAAGAGAUCCAAGGUGAAGUUCGAUCAAUUUGUCGAGCAGGGAAGGGUGCUUCAUAAUUAUGCUUCUAUAUUGGAGUUACUUUUACGUCUUCGGCAAUGUUGUGAUCAUCCAUUUCUAGUGAUGAGCCGAGGUGAUACACAAGAAUAUUCAGAUCUGAAUAAGCUAGCUAGACGAUUCCUAAAAGGUGGUUGUAAUUCACUUGAAGGGGAAGACAAAGAGGUGCCUUCCCGGGCUUAUGUUCAAGAGGUCGUGGAGGAGUUGCGUAAAGGGGAGCAGGGAGAGUGUCCAAUAUGUCUCGAAGCAUUUGAAGAUGCUGUAUUAACACCUUGUGCUCAUCGGUUAUGUCGAGAGUGUCUCUUGGCAAGCUGGCAUAAUUCUACGUCAGGUUUAUGUCCUGUUUGUAGGAAAGUUAUCAGUAGGCAAGAUCUUAUUACUGCUCCAACUGAGAGUCGGUUCCAGAUCGAUAUUGAGAAAAAUUGGGUUGAGUCAUCCAAAAUAGUUGUUCUCUUGCGUGAACUUGAGAAUCUUCGGUUAUCAGGAUCUAAGAGUAUUAUCUUCAGUCAGUGGACUGCGUUCCUGGAUCUCCUACAAAUUCCUCUCUCUCGGUUGAAUAUUCCAUUUGUUCGUCUGGAUGGGACUCUGAAUCUGCAGCAGCGAGAGAAAGUAAUAAAACUGUUUUCAGAGGAUGACAAUAUCCUAGUUUUGCUGAUGUCACUAAAGGCUGGUGGUGUUGGAAUUAAUCUAACAGCAGCUUCCAAUGCCUUUGUCUUGGAUCCAUGGUGGAAUCCAGCUGUGGAAGAACAAGCUGUUAUGCGAAUUCAUCGCAUUGGACAAACUAAAAAUGUGAUGAUCAAACGGUUCAUUGUUAAGGGAACGGUUGAGGAAAGGAUGGAAGCAGUGCAAGCCCGGAAGCAGAGGAUGAUUUCCGGUGCCUUAACUGAUCAAGAAGUCCGAACUGCACGCAUUGAGGAACUAAAGAUGCUUUUUACAUAACGAAAUAUCACUCUAUUUUUGCAAGCUUUUUUAUGUGAAGAUUUUUAGAACCCCGGAAACCGGGACAAUUCUUGUGCAAUGACCCUAGAGGAAGAUGGCAGCUCUCCCUACCAAGACUGCAAGGGCAUAUUUCAAUUAUGGUUUGUUGAGAUGAGAUGGCCAAAUUUACCGCUUUGCUUGGUGAUCGGGGGGAUGGACUUGGCAAAGCGAGGGAUGCUUAUAGUAGGAAGUGAAGAAUAAUAUGCUUGGUAUACACCCUGACAUCAGGAUAGGUUCAUUGGUGACCUGAGCUGAGCUACAUAUUGAAGAACCUAUUGGCAUGUAAAAUUUUGUUAAAGCUAAAUUUGAAGUGUAUCCUUCUGUAUUCUUAAUCAACUUCGAAAGCCAUUAUUCUGAGUCUUCAACAUAAAUGUACUAAAAAUUUCAUUUCCUGGUGCUUAGAGACGUUAUAUUUUCUGGGUUUAA